AAGAGGCCGUGUAUUUGUGGAGUUGAAGUCGGUAGCUACGAUCGCCUUCUGGCAAACAUUAUCGUGACACCGUUUUGUGCGUGUUGAAGAGUUGGCCGGGUUCGUUCGAUCGGUUCUUCCGCCGUAUCGACCGGUCCGGUUGUUGGCCGCGCGCUUCCGAUCCAUGAAUCCAGUGAUAUAGUAAUUUUUCUCGGUGUGUAUUUAGCGUGCAUCGUGAUACAACGAUUCUUCAGCGAUUACUCGCCCAACUUACUGAUGUAGAACGACAUGGCUAUCAGCAUAAAAUUCACAAAAUUUGACAACACACCAUGGGGAUUCCGAUUGGCGGGUGGAAGCGAUUUUCCACAACCGCUGACUGUGAUUAGAGUGACAGAGGGAAGCCUGGCAGAAUGUAUGGGUUUAAAAGUGGGCGAUGUGGUAGUGAGAUUGAACGAUCAACCCAUCAGUAGCUUGACCCACGGUCAGGCGCACGAAGAACUGAUACGAGCAGGGAAUAAUUUUGUUCUGGGUGUACAUAGAGAAGAAGAUUCGCUGAAGGCUGUGGAGGCGUUGUCCGAAGAGAACAUCGUGCCCUAUAAGAUUCCGCUCGCAGAUUUGCCACCUGUUUUCCCAGAGCAAAUACUGAAACAGGAAACCGUGAUCGAGCGGCACGAGGAAAUAACGUGCGAAGCGAAGUCGGGCGAAGAGGAGGUGAAGCCAGAAGUGGAACCACUGCCGGACAAGCCUAAGGACGCUAACAGCGAGAUCGUACCGAAUCAGAAUCUUACGGACGACGAGAUCGCGCAAUUGAUCCUCGAGGAAGAAGAACUUUUGACCGACAAAGGGGUUUUGGGGGUGAACUUUAAGAAACUCAAGCCCCGCGUCACUGCUCUGAAACAAUCGAAGGUGAUCGAAGAACUUCAGAAUAUCGCCACAGCCGAACCACCUUUGGUCGAACAGUUGAGACGUACCUCGGUGUUUCUGCAAAAACCACAAAGACCGAUACCGACACCUCGUAAGAAACAGGAGGAAGAAGAAGAGACAGAAGUCGAGUCGUACAAAGUGGUGAUAAAGAAGCAGAAAAAGCGGAGCGUGACCGACCGACUGCUAGAGAAGGGUCUGCUGAAACCUGAGGACGCGAGUACUCCGGAACCACCUACUCCCGAGGUAAACACGGAAAAUAUCGAAAUGGAGAGGAAAAUCGAGGGAAACGAUUCGUCGAUCGUUUUGUCCAUACCGCUCGAUGAUAGUUUAUGCUUGCAACAAACGCUCGAACCAAUCGUCGCUCGUUCCACGGUGUCGUCCUCUCCGUGUCUCGAACUUCCGAUCGAGAUUUGCCAGAGUCAGUCUUCCCUCGAUAUCGAACCUGAAACUUGUACGAACUUGGGAUCGGAUGUUACAUGCCCGGUACAGUUAUCGAAACGCGGAGAGAAGGUAACGUUAGCACGACGUGCGCCGAACAAGUGCAAGUUGAAGAGCUUCUGUACGAGAGGGCAUUACUUCCGAAGGUGUUUGUUCGGGAAGAAAAGCCACGGUGACGUUAAGAGAGCGAUUAAAGUAAAGUCUUCGUUCAGGCAACGGUUCCAGGAAAGCGACGCUGUGCGAUCGAGCGGUCGCAGCAUGGAGCAGCUUCGACAACUUCCACGUCGCUGUAGCAUCGAGAAAUCUUCGAAAUCCAGGAUCAAAGGUCGUUACCUCGAGACGUACUUGAAACGAGAGGAUAAUUGGAUGAGGCGAACGAUCGACGGAUUGUUCGAGAACACCGAUAGCUUUUCCUCCAGCAAAUUAUUCGAUAGGCUGUUAUCAAACGGAGGAAUCUCGUUGAGAAAAACUCGUUACGCGGAGAAAAUACUUGUUCGAAGCGGGAACUUUGUCGCGGUUCGCCUUUGUUCCGACGUUCUGAAAUAUUUCAAACAAGGAUAUUCGACGUUUAUCGGAAAUUCUAUAAAACCCAGGUCACAAAUUGCUAAACGUUUGUACUUUAAAGGUCAUUACAUUCGGCGCAUUCUUUCGCGCAAUCUUGUCCGUUUGAUUAACCGUAUCAAAGACGUAGCGUAUUCGAAGGAUGUUGGCAGGAAAGACAGAAGGAGAAGCUCGACGAUGAUCAAAACGAAAGGUCGUUAUUUAGAGACGUAUCUGUUCGAAAACGUAUUCUCGGAUUUGCAGGAUCUUCGCGAUCGUUUCUCGGCACGCUCGACCGUCGUCUCGUCGAGGAAGAAAUUUUUCGCCCGAACUCGUUACGUCGAACGUAUCCUUAAAAACCACUUGGACGCUCUUGGUUUAAUCGUAAACUACAUUCGCUGCCAGGUUGUCCAAGGUAUUUCCGAUUCUUCCGUCGUUAUUCCAGGCUGUUCGUCCUUGAACUCGCGCCAAACGGACGCGCCUGUGUCGUCCAUGAAAGAAGACGACGUCCUCUCCAAUUUGAUCCGUUCCUCCAAAGACUUUAUCUCGGCCGAGGUUUUUCACCGUGGCAGUAGACGACUCUCAAGAUCAUCCAGAGGUAGCGUAUCUGCCGGUUCUUCCAACAACUCCGAUACUUUCGGAAGCUAUCUCUUUAAUUGGCUUCGUACGAAGUCGACCAGAGAAUCGGCCGAUCGAACGAUUAACGAUAAAAAGAUGAUCCAGGAUAACGAUCGUGACGGUCGUAGGCUAUCUUUCGUGCCGACUAUUCUUUACGAGGGUCUAACGAAUCGUAUAGACGUGGAUUUCACUCGAUUAGUGGCAUACGCGUUUGUCCCUUGUACCUCGAUCAUUUUGUUGUACAUGUACAAGUAAUAUUCGUAUCGAGUAAACGGUCUAAUCAACGUCUAUUUAGAUAAGGUGAUUCGAGACGGUACCAUUAAUGAUUACGAUUAUGUUUAGAUUUAAAACGACAUCACUUGUUCUAGGACAUCCCUAACAGACGCUAGAUCAUCAUGGACCAUCUGUAAACGUAUAAAAAAAAUGAAAAAGUGUUCGUCGUUCGUAAAAGUGUGUGUUGUAUCUUCUGUCCAAUGUAACCGUAACCUUUCUCUCGUAACUAGAGAUAGCCAAUUAUACUUGUUUCCAGGGCCGUGCAACAGCCGGACAAGGAAAAUGUAUCCAUCAACUAAAAAAAAAAAAAAAAAAAAAACACACAUAAACUAAACUUGUCUUUUGUGGGAAAAGUUGUGAAAGUAGUUUGUCCGUUAAACGUUACGUAUUUUAUUUAACCAGCUGACGAAAGAGACGUAGCGUAUGUUUAAUGUAACGCAAGGUAAAAUGCACGGUCCUGCAAGUAUAUGUAACGUAGUAUGUACUUAAAGAAGUUCAGUGAUCGCGCUCGCACGUCGAUCCAUUGAUAUCUAGUCUAACGAGUGUAGAGAAAUCUCGCGUUAUCAUGCACGCGCAGAUCGAUGCAUGUAAUAUCUACGUAUAAUUACCUCAAUGUCAAUGUACUCACGAUGGAUUGUCGAGAGAAAAGUACAUUCGAAAUAAAAUGCGUAUAUCUGGAUGCA